AUGUUGACAGACUUUUUGACGAGUCAGUACCUUCAAUACAAGACAGAUACUGACAUUGCGGACGGCCCUGGCAAAAAGGCAAAACCGACGGGUCGACUCAAGGGAAAAGCCAGAAAGGCCGCUAAAGCUCCACCAAAGUCCACCCCAACCAAUGACAGCAUCCACAAGCAAAAGUAUACCAUCGCUGUCAAGCAAUUCACCCCUUUUGCGGAACAUAUCGCACGAUACAACAACAAACCGCCCAUUGGUCCCAUGGAGGUUUCUCGCAGUUUCAGCCUUGCACUCGACAAUGAGGCUACCCAAGAGAGCCACGGAUUCUUGGUGGAGGUCCUUGAGCGGGUCCGUGAAACCCUGCCCCCACUAAUGCCCAAGAGACAAGCUGAUACUUCGGGAUUCGGAAAAGAGGAGAAGUCGCUGGCCAAUAGAUUCGAGAACCUGGAAUUGGAAGAACAAUUGGAAGCCUUCCUCAAUGCGCCUGAUGCUUCUAAGCCAGCGGUGCCUGAGACGACUACAGGACCUUCAACCACCGACAUGAAAGCGAAAGCCGACCUUGAAGCUGAAAUGGCCCCUGAACGUCGUGAUAUCAUGUUCAUGUUCCACUUAUUAAGCCAGGAUGCGAACACCUCCAGGGACAUCAUCGAAAAUACAUGGAAAGGAUACAAGGAGGGAGUUUGGGAUCUUGUCUCGGCUUCUAUAACUACCAAUACCGCUAUCGAUCUCUUACGGCGCAUGGAAGAGGAGAUGAAACCUGCACUUGAUAAACCUGGCAGUGGGGAGAAACUCCUGGAAGCAUCUUACAUUGCCCGCUGCAAGCAGCUUAGCGAUCCCCACUACGAAGAAAGUCCUGGUGACGGCUUCAACCUCAAAAUCUACAGUCAAACACAAGACCUACUCAUCUUACCUUGGCGGCUUCUCCGAGAUUUCACAACAACCGCAGCGACAUGUGAUAUGCACAAUCCUCCAACUUACGAACCCGCCACUUAUGGAAUAUACGACCCUGAAAGCGAUCCCGAAACAAAGUCCGCGAGGGAAAGGUUCGUUGAAGAUAAGCAAAUACUAGGGGAGGCCUUUCCCGAAUUUUACAUCCUCGCCCUCCAUACCACGGAGAACUUUGCAGAAGAUGAGUUGACGCGUGGCCUGAAGCUGGCUUUUUGCAACAAAGAACACCCAUUCUGGCUGGUGUUUGCUGUGCAAGUCCACGAGAAGCGCCUACGUCGACCUAUCGGGGUUGCAUUCCGUCUUUUCCAAUGGCAUCCGGUUUUCUGUGGCCUAUUGCUCUACAGCCUCAAAAUGUUGUAUCAAGAAGCAGGGACUACUUUCGUCGGGGCCUGGGGUUGCGUGUUGUACCCCCUUCAUCUGUACAACGCUUUAAGACAGGAGAGAUUGGUCACGGCACGAUGGGCUGAUCUGGACGUUUUACAAGCUAUUCAGCGGCAUAGUUGGAUUGGGGCGCCGCCACAAACCCCGGAUGAUUACAUCAAACGGUUUUGCCUCAGUAUGGGAUACUCGGCGACAAACUUUGCUAAGAACCGUCGAAAUGGACGUCCACGAGCCUUGAAGAACGGUCCGAAAGGCUUGACUGAGAAGGGAUCUGUCGGUCUUAUGCUCAAGCAACGCUUUUGCUAUGGCUCCCGAUAG